CUAGUAUUAGAUUAGAAUAUUAUUUAUGGCUGUCCAUUGUCACUAUGUGUAUACCAUGUACAUGUACUUGCAAUUAGCCCUCGGGCACGAACUUGCAAAUAAACUUCUUUAUUCUUAAGGGGUAAUGUUUUCUAGAUACACCAAUUUACAUGACAGUGAGGUUGCUCCUGAAAUUAAAACUUAAUGAAACGAAGAAGACAACUAUGUAUGAGGCAUGCAGUGUUUGAGAUAAGAGGUAAAAUCCAAACUCUAGAUCUUAUCAGGUUUAGAACUGAUAUCAUCAUAGUUCAACUAUAUUUGUACUAACCAAUAUUACCUGUAUAAUGCAUGCACAUAUAAAUGAUUUUGAAAGCCUUCUCCUGCUUGCAAUAUUCCUUCAUUAGAUAAUAUUGAGCUUUUUUUUUCUUUAUUCUGAAGGAGAUUCCUAAUAUGAUGUACAUGUACAUGUACCAUACAACAGUGUGCCAGUGGCUGUCAUGUAUUGACGAGCCGAGGAUAUUCCUGGAGAUUAGGCUACCUCUUCAGAGAGACAUGGUAUAAUUACAAGAUUGCUAGUUGUAGAUACACAUGCAGACAAUACGUAAUAUAUACUAUAUAGUCUAAAGUUAUAUAACAGUAGCUAUUACAGUAUCCCUUUUUCUAAAUUUUAUUUUCAUAUUAAUGAGUACUGUUCUAAAUGCAAAUCCAAUACAUAUAAUUAUCUGUGGCCUCUCUUGCUUCUAGGGCUUCUGACUAAAAAUACUACUAGUAAUGUUAGCAGUCUAAUUUGCAGCAUAGCCCAAUCUAGAGUAUAGCUGGAGAGCCUGCCAGAUAUAGGUCUGGUAUCCGGUAUUAGGGUAACCCCCAGAGUGACCCUCCGGCUCCCGUCCAAUUGUGCCACAUUUAGCUGCAGCUGCAGCCAUGUCGGCAGUGGGCUCGUCCUAGAGUGCUUGGAGAUUCUCGAUUCUGCUUGCUCUGUAUCAUGUGUGACCCUAGUCACUAAUCAUGGGCUGGAUCCAGAUCUUCUCGGUGUUCAAGGUGGUUGUUGCCUUUGGAUUGAUCCUGCUGCUAUCCUACACCUUAUACUUCUCGGACAACCUCCGGCAUGCCAUUGGUAUCCGCCCCUACUUCAUCAGGUUAUACCUGGUGAAUGACUCUUCAGAAAUAACCAAGAGACCAGAACAACUUCUCAGAACAGUGUCAGUGAAUCCCAUCUUGCUACUAGGAAAUGAAACCAAUGCUGCUAGCACUAAUAUUAGUAGUAACAAGACUUCAUCAAGGAACUCCACAGCAAGGACAGUUCCAUCAAGGUCACCACAAAAGUUGCCCACAAGGUCACCAAUGUUGUUAAGAAAUUCCACCUCAGGUAGUCAAGCAAAAAAGAACACAACUAGCACACCUGCACCCCCCAUCCCACAGCCAUAUGACCAGCAUGCAGAACCUCUCCCAAGCUUUGAGAAUAUCAGGAACUUGAAGCAGCACCUGAGGAUGCAUUGUAGGACAUGUGCCUUUGUGUCGAGCUCAGGACAGGUGUUGAACAGACACGCAGGUCCCCACAUCGACUCCCACGAGUGUGUGUUCAGGACUAACACUGCACCUGUCAAGCGGUACGAGAGGGAUGUGGGGAGAAGGACCACGGUCCGAGUUACCAACUUCCACGCCAUCAGGACUAUAGAGGGACUCAUUAGAUCAGCACACAUUGACAAGGUUGUUGUGUGGGGUCCAGACGUUGUGCUGGGACCAGGCAAACCUGUGCUGAAGGUGGCGCAGAACCUCGCCAGAAAGUUUCCCAAGACAGAAUUUUACAAAUUUUCCUCCAAAGCUAUGGUGGAUGUUGAUGUGGAGUUUAAGAAGGAGACAGGGAUGGACAGGAGAGGCAGUAAGACAGACCUGUCGACAGGCUGGUUUGCCCUCACCUUGAUGCGGCAGGUCUGUGACUCCACCACCAUAUUUGGUAUGGUGUACGAUGGCUACUGUGCCACCCGUAAUGCCAGCGUCCCUGAUGUCCCAUACCACUACUAUGGCAAGUCAGCGCUGGAAUGUUCCAUGUACACAGGAAAGGGAGGAAAGACAAAACACAAAUUUGUACAAGAAAAGACCAUCUUUGGAAGGUGGGCCAAGAACUACAACUUCACCUUUGUUCAUCCAGAGUGGCCACCCAUUCAGAGGUGACAAUUACUGCAGACUGUCUACUGGGUUGUUCCACUGCUGUGCCUUGUAGGUGUGAUGGCCUGCACAGUAUUCUGCAGCCAUGUGUCCUCAGCACCACAGCAGAAGGGGAAGUCCCAGAAGGAGAAGGUCAA